AUGAACUCCGACAGAUCCAAAGAGGCUGUCGGGCCAGGGGGCUUCCAGAUAAUGGCAGAUCAUUCUUCAGUCGUGCUCAACCCACAUUUCACACCCACACGGAGAUUCUGGGCGCCUGGGGGCCGGGUGACAAGCCCCCAGGGCCUGAAGGCUGAGCUCAGGGUGAGGGGGAGCGGGCAGGAAGCAGGGAAAGGGCAGGCCCGGUGGAGGGAACAGCAUCGGCAAAGCCUCAGCCGCGGGACUUGCAUCUGUCCCGCUAGGGAUCUGAAAGGCGGCCGGCUCGGCACAGACACUUCGCCAAAACAAAGGGCGGUUGGUACAUCUCUCACCGGAGUGGAAAAAAGGGGAAACCCUUCUAGAGAAUUCUGUUUCAAGCUUAGGAAUCACCAACCAGAAUGCCAGGGAGUGGAGGGUGAAUCAGGCUGCCCUGGAGACCCCCUCCCCACGGACUGGCUGGAAACCUGGCCUGGGGGAACCGUCUCUGGGCCUGACAUCGUCCACCCAGGCCCUGCCCCGACCCGCUCCUUCCGAAGGAGGGACCUGGACACGCUCCCGAUUUCUCUGCCUCAACCGGCUCCUUCCGGCUCGCCGCGGGGUCCUGCAGAGGCGCCGCGGGUCAGCGGGAAGUUCUUCCGGGUCACGCUCAAGACUUUGCUCUCCAUCAGGAUGAACAUCAGAAGCUCCAGAUUUUCAUUCUACUGGCUUAGCCACCUCGCAGAAAGAGAGCCUACUUCAAAUCCCAGCAAACAAAGGAUGCUGGGGCCAUUACGCCAUCAGCCACUACUGCGCCCCACGAUGGUGAGCCGAGGGAACUCAGGCUGGAAACCAGCAGGCUGCUUGCUGACAAGUCCUCAGCCUCUGCAGCCAACACCCCCACCCCACCAGCCAUGCUGCCCGCUGAGUGGAAUUAGGAUGGGAAAGCACAGGACACUGGCCCUGGAGCGCCAAGGGUCUCCGACUGCGCGGCACGUGAAUGAUGGGGUGACGGCCCUGCUGCUGUGUUGUGAACCCACCCUGUGCCCCAGAGGUGCUCCCCCACAGUGACCCAGCGUGGAAGGGAAAUGAAGGUAUGCCCAUUCUGGCAAGACGUGGAAUGCCUCGGAUGGGGGACCUUGGCUCCAGGAUUUCCCAUCAGCCUGGACAAAAACUUCUUACUGUGCUGAGCCCUCUCACUCCCAGACCAGCCUCUCAGCCUGCAGCCUCUCCCUCCUCCUCCUCAUCCCUGUUUCCCCCAAUAACCCUCUUGCACAUCUAAUCUCACCUUGGCAUCUUCUCGAAGGACCCAAACUGACCCAGCACUGUGGGAAUUAGAAAAAGAGACCCCGCUCCAACCACCACCACCACCACCACCUCUGGGUGGAUGCGUAACAAUCAGAAACUUUUUCCCACGUGGGCACAGUCCAGUGCUACCUUAGAGUGACUGUGCUCACUGGCCAGGCCCCGAGUAUCCCAGCCUCCACUGUCCCCACCUGGCCCUUUCUGCUCCCCUCACCUGCCAGGGUCCUGGGACACUGAGGUUUGCCAACCUGGUGGUCACACAAACUUGCUGUGUGUCCUUGGCCCAGCUGCUGCCCCUCUCUGAGUCGUGCUCGCCUGUUCUUGCAACCAAGGGAGAAAGACAGGCCCUUCUCUUCAAGAGCCCUCUACCUCUAUGCACUGACAGCGCUAGGGAAGAUGAAGAGGGAGAUAAAGAGAAAAUAGUACUGCUUAAUUGCCUCAUUAAGCCCUCCUUGUUGGGAAACCAGAAUUGGAGCAGGCUUCCUCUGUUUUAUUGCUCGCCUGCCCCCUCCUCAGCGGAUCAUACAGCUGAAUGCCGAGGGGGAUGGGGGAGGGUGGGGAAGGGGCCUGGAGACAGUGGAGGACGCUUGGGAAGGGGCAGGACCUGGCCAGCCUCAGACACAGCGAGGUUCACAUCCCUGUCGGGGUUUUAUUUGGCCACAUGUAACAAAGACCCCCAAACAGCCACUUAAACAAGAGUGGGAUUUAUCUUUCUCCCGUGUGACAGUGACAGUAACAAAUGCUACUGUGGAACGUGACCUCCGUGGGCACCCAGAGCUGUUCUCAGCAUGGUACAUAGAUUAACUCACAUUAACCCCAUGUCCUGGGGUGAAGAGCACCCCUGCGAAAUUCACGUCCACCUGGAACCUGUGAAUGUGACCUUAUUUGGAAAUAGGGUGUUGACAGAUGUGAUCAAGUUUAGAUGAGGUCCUACUGAUCAGGGUGGGCCCUUAGCCAAUGACUGGUGUCCUUUAAGAAGAGGGGAAUCUGGACCCAGAGACACAGAGGGAAGCCCGUUAUGUGACAACAAAGAAAGAAAUUGGAGGGGUGUGUCUACAAGCCGACGAACAUCCGGGAUUGCCUGCCACCAGCGGAAGCUCAGAGAGGGGCAUGGAACAGAUUCUCCCCAGAGACCCCAGAAGGAACUGACCUUGCUGACACCUUGAUUUCAGAGUUCUAGCCUCCAGGACUGUGAGAGAUUAGAUUUCAGUUGCUUUAAGCCACUUUGUGGUACUUGGUUGCAGCAGCCCAGGAAAGAAAUUCACUCCCAGAAGCGGGUUCUGUCCCCAUCCCCAUUUUACAGAUGGGAGCCUGAGGCACACUGCGGCUUUCCUCCGCCGCCACCUCCCUUAGUCUGUCCAAGCCGUUGCUUCUUCAUCUGCGAAAUGAGACUCACGUGCUGCUCCUCUGUCCCCAUCGCACAGGGCUACCUGAGAGGAUGCUCCCCAGGCCCUUGCGUGUGCUGGACACAUGUGUGUUGUUGUUUUACCAUUUCCCCCAUUUCCCGUGGCAUUAAGGACAUUCCUACUGUACAGCCAUCACCACCACCCAUCUCCAGAAUUUUUUAAUCUUGCAAAACUGAAACUCUAAGCCCACUAAACACUAACUCCUCAUUCCCCCUCUCCCAGCACCGGCCACUCUACUUUCUGUCUAUGUAUUUGACUCCUCUGGGGACCUCAUAUAAGUGGAAUCAUAGUAUCUGUCCUUUUGUGACUGGCUUCUUUCACUCAACAUAAUGUCCCCAAGAUUCACCCAUGUUGUAGCAGGUGUCAGAAUCUCCUUUCUUUGUAAGGCUGAACCAUAUGCCAUUGUGUGGAUGGACCACAUUUUGCUCAUCCAUUCGUCGGUAGAUGGACAGUUGAGUGGCUUCCCUUUUGACUACUAUGAAUAAUGCUGCUAUGAACAUGGGUUACAAAUAUCAGACAUGCGUGUUUUAAAAUUUUUAAUUAUCAACACUGUCAACAUCUGUGUUGUUUAUUCUCUCUUUGUCCCCAGCAUUCUUUCUCCACAGGGCUGACCCUGCAAACAACAUCUCCCAGGCUCCCUCUGGCCCUGGCCGGGCUCAGCCAAUGGGAGGCAGCGGCAGGAAGCUGGUGGGCGGGGAGAAAGAGGUGGGAGCACUUGUUCCUCUAGCUCCCUCUCAUCUCGUCCACUUCUGGCAAUGGCUCCAUCUUUGCAGGACCACAGCUUCGGAAGCCUGUCUCCUCCUGUCUGGCUCCCAUGCUCACUGGACUCCUAUAACAUUGCUUCCUCCCUCUGUCCCUUCGGACCCAGGAGCAGGUACACCCACACAAGUGUCAGCGCCUUUCACUCUGCCACCUCCAUGGAGAGACCCUUCACCACACACUCUUUGCUGGACCAUCUGAGGGAAACUCUGUCUCCAGAUGGACCCUGAAUGACACACUCUCUUUAUUUUACAGAUGAGGAAACUGACACACAGAAAGAUUAAGUAAAUUGCCCAGAGUUGUAUGCCUAGUGAACCGGCUUGAACACAGGCUGUCUGAUUCUAGAGUCCACGCUCUGAAUCAGGGCUCAGCCAACCACAGCCCUUGAGCCAGACCCGGCCCACUGCCUGUUUUUGUCAAUAAAGUUUUACUGGCACACAGCC